CGUGUGCCUGUGCUCAAGCGCGGGGGCUGCGGCGGCGGGGUGAAGCCCUCUCAGUUUCCAGGAAAGAUUUCCCACAUGGUCUCAUCUACCAAUCACAGCAGAAAGGACCAAAUUCAUCCUGGCUGCAUUUCACAUAUACUCAAUGGAGUUAUAGAAUUCAGGGAUAAAUCUGGCCCUUUGUGGUGGAUGCCUAAGGACAUUUCAGGAGGGAUCCCAGAGUUUGACGGUGAGAACAUGUAUAUGAGUAUGACAGAGCCGAGCCAGGACUAUGUGCCAGCCAACCAGUCUUUUCCUGGCCCAAGUCUUGAAAGUGAAGAUUUUAACAUACCUCCUAUAACUCCUCCAUCAUUGCCUGACCACUCCUUGGUGCACUUGAACGAGUUAGAGUCUGGGUACCACUCUCUGUGUCAUCCCAUGAACCACAACGGCCUCCUUCCAUUCCACCCACAAAACAUGGAUCUACCUGAAAUUACAGUUUCCAACAUGCUUGGCCAAGAUGGGACACUGCUUUCCAACUCCCUCUCUGUGAUGCAAGAUUUACGGAAUACAGAAGGAGCCCAGUAUAGUUCCCAUCCUCAGAUGGCAACCAUGAGGCCAAGGGUUCAACCUGCAGAUAUUAGGCAGCCAGGAAUGAUGCAGCAUGGGCAGCUGACUACUAUUAACCAGUCCCAGCUCAGUGCACAGCUUGGUUUGAAUAUGGGUGGAAACAGUGUUCCUCACAACUCGCCCUCUCCACCUGGAAGCAAAUCUGCAACCCCUUCACCAUCCAGUUCAGUCCAUGAAGAUGAAGGAGAAGAUAGCUCUAAGGUCAAUGGUGGAGAGAAGAGACCUGCUUCAGAUAUGGGAAAGAAACCCAAAACUCCCAAAAAGAAGAAGAAGAAGGACCCAAAUGAGCCACAGAAGCCUGUGUCUGCCUAUGCAUUAUUCUUUCGAGACACUCAAGCAGCCAUCAAGGGCCAAAACCCCAAUGCUACUUUUGGUGAAGUCUCUAAAAUUGUAGCUUCAAUGUGGGACGGCUUAGGAGAAGAACAAAAACAGGUAUACAAAAAGAAAACUGAAGCUGCCAAGAAGGAAUAUCUGAAGCAGUUAGCUGCCUACAGAGCAAGCCUUGUAUCCAAGAGCUACAGUGAACCUGUUGAUGUCAAAGCCUCCCCACAACCUCAGAUGAUGAAUUCAAAGCAGUCAGUGUUUCAUGGGCCCACCCAGGCUCACUCUGCACUGUACCUCAGUUCCCACUACCAACAACAACCAGGAAUGAAUCCUCACAUCACUGCCAUGCAUGCCAAUAUCCCCCGUAACAUAGCACCCAAGCCUAACAACCAAAUGCCAGUGACUGUUUCCAUAGCAAACAUGGCUGUGUCCCCACCGCCACCUCUUCAGAUCAGCCCCCCCCUGCACCAGCAUCUCAACAUCCAGCAGCACCAGCCAAUUUCAAUGCAGCAGCCCAUCGGAAACCAGCUACCAAUGCAGGUCCAGUCUGCUUUACAUUCACCUACAAUGCAGCAAGGAUUUACUCUUCAGCCUGACUAUCAGAAUAUCAUCAAUCCAACAUCAACAGCUGCACAAGUUGUUACCCAAGCAAUGGAGUAUGUUCGUUCAGGGUGCAGAAAUCCUCCAGCACAGACUGUGGACUGGAAUAAUGACUACUGCAGUAAUGGGGGCAUGCAGAGGGACAAAGCACUGUACCUUACCUGAAAAUCUGAAACACCUCUCCUUUCCACUGAGGAAUGCAGGGGAGUCUUUUCAUCAUGGAUUGCUUUAUGCAGUCAAGGCAGUUCUGCAUUUUAUUAGGAAAUACAAGUUGCUAAGCACUUAGGACUAUUUGAGCUUGUGGGUCACCCACUCUGGAAAAAAUAGUCUUGCUUCUUUCAUUUUCUCCUCUCCCCACCCGCCCCCCCCAAAAAAAAAUUUUUUUUCUCUUUCUUCCUCCUUUUCCAUCCCUACCCUGAGAUCCUUUAACGGACAUUGCUUUUAUUCUUCCCUGAAGGAAACUUGGACCAUUCAGAUUUUAUGUUGGUUUUUGCUGUGAAGUGCUGCGAUAGUAACUGCCUUAGCAACUGUAGAUGUCUCGGAUAAAAGUCCUGGAUUUUCCAUUGGUUUUUCAUAAUGGGUGUUUAUAUGAAACUACUAAAGACUUUUUAAAUGGCUUGAUGUAGCAGUCAUAGCAAGUUUGUAAAUAGCAUCUAUGUUACACUCUCCUAGAGUAUAAAAUGUGAAUGUUUUUUGUAGCUAAUUGUAAUUGAAACUGGCUCAUUCCAGUUUAUUGAUUUCACAAUAAGGGUUAAAUUGGCAAACAUUCAUAUUUUUACUUCAUUUUUAAACAACUGACUAAUAGUUCUAUAUUUUCAAAGUAUUUGGAGGAAAAAAAAGUAAAAUAUUCCCAAAUGAUAUUAAUUAAAAAUAUUGGCUUUGUUGCAUGAAAUAAACACAAAAAACUAGGGAAAAAAACCUAAUGUUGAUAAAGAGCAACACAUUUAUUUUGUACUGCCUAAAAAAUGCUUCUUUUUUUUAAAGAAAAUCACUUUAUGUGUACUGGUUAGUAAAUGUCAUUUAAGUCCUUUUAUGUAUAAAACUGCCAAAUGCUUACCUGAUAUUUUAUUAGAUGCAGAAACAGAUUGGAGACAGCUAAAUUAUAACCUUUACAUAUGGCUAUGUAUUAUUGUUUCUUCAUACUGUGUCUGUAUUUAAUCUUUUUUAUGGAACCUGUUGCGCCUAUUUAUGAAAUAAUAAAUAUAGGUGUUUGUAAGUAAAUUUGUUAGCAUUUUAAAGAAGUUUCUUUGACGCUUUAACUUUUGCUGGCACAAAUUGUUCACAACUGAUGUGAAUAUUUUAUUUAGUUUUUACAGUGACAUAUAUAAGACCAAACCUGCUUUACUGGCAGAAAAUGAAGGUAACCAAUACUUAUUUCUCUAUUUCUUUGGUUGUUAAGGGAAAAUUAAAAAAAAAAAAUUUAAAAAGGCAUUUUAGGUAGUUCCCCUUUUAAAGCAUUGUAGCAGGAAGUUGCCCAAAACUAAGACUUGAACCAACAAAACUAACUGAAUAAAACUGCAUAAUGCUGCUUCUUGGAACUUCAUCAGUUUUGGUUAAUUAGUCAAGUGGAAUAAAAACAUUACCAA